UCAUCUUCUUUCAUUUCAUUAACUCAUUUCUCAGUUUCCACCAAGCUCACAGUCCACCUGGUAAGAAUACCCUUUUCAUGUUCAUUUCACCGCUUUAACAAUAUCACUUUGUUCCUAUCAUUUACGACCUUCUUUUUGUUACUGGGUAUUUCUUGGAUUUUGUUUUGUUGAUAAUAAUUAUGCCUAUAUAGUACUUGUUGUAGUUGUACAAAAGAGAUGGCUUGUUUUUCUGUUGUUUGCAAUAAUGGGUUUUUGCCUACUCAAGAAAACAUUGGACUUUAUGGUGUCAAAACCAAGUCUUUGAUGAGAUAUACUAGUGCUUGUUAUAAUGCUUCUGUGGGGUUUUAUAAUUGUUACUGGAAAUCUUCACAUUUGUUGCUUUGUAACAAUAAGUUUAGGUUUCUUAAUAUUGGAGAAUUUGGAGUUCCCUUGUUGGGAUUUUAUGAUUGUUGUAAGUCUCAACAUGGGUUGUGUUGUAGCAAUGGAAUUAGGCCAUUAGUGAAAGGAAGCAUUGAAGAUAAAGGAACCCAUUUGGAGAAUAGAGGUAAUGGGAAAUUGAGAAGGAGAUUUUCGUUAAGAUUGCGUCCAAGGUUGCGGUUGUUGAUAGUGAGAUUGAAGAGGGUUUCUCUUAGGUCGGUGUUGAAUGAUAUUGGGAUGUUUUUGAGGAAGAAUAUUAGGAGGGUGACUUUGUCUACUUUGAUAUCUGUUGCUCUGGGGCUGUGCUAUUUGCUUGUAAAUUUAACGACAUUGCCAUCACCGAAGAUUGUUCCAUAUUCGGACUUGAUAACAAGCCUUCAAAACGGGUCUGUUACAAAAGUUUUACUUGAAGAGGGGUCUCGUCGGAUAUAUUAUAACACAAACGUACAGAGUUUUGAUACUACUGAGAUUACAGAAGAAAAAUCACCAGUAGUAAAUGAUUCAACUGAGAAUGUGGAUCAUAUGGCUGCCGGAAAUGAUGGUGUGAGAGUGGCAGUGGCAGUGGCAGUUAAUUUCAAUAUUUUGAAGAAGUUUUCAAGGAAUCAAUCUUCUAUUCCUCAGUGGGAGUUUUCCACUAGAAAAAUAGAUCAUGAUGAGAAAUUUCUUCUUAGUUUGAUGAGAGAAAAGGGAACAACUUAUAGCUCAGCUCCUCAAUCACCAUUAAAGUCAAUGAGAAAUAUUUUAAUUACUGUGAUAUCUUUGUGGAUUCCCUUAACCCCUUUGAUGUGGCUUCUUUAUCGUCAACUUUCUGCUGCUAAUAGCCCAGCAAAACGGCAACGGCCCAAUAAACAGAUGGUUAACUUUGAUGAUGUGGAGGGUGUUGACACUGCUAAAGUAGAGCUUAUGGAGAUAGUUUCAUGCCUUCAAGGAGCAAUAAACUACCAAAAACUAGGAGCAAAGUUACCUAGAGGAGUGUUGCUGGUGGGUCCCCCUGGAACUGGGAAAACAUUGCUUGCUCGUGCAGUGGCUGGUGAAGCAGGAGUGCCAUUUUUCACUGUUUCUGCCAGUGAAUUUGUGGAGUUGUUUGUUGGAAGAGGGGCAGCUCGCAUCAGAGACCUCUUUAGUGCAGCAAGGAAAUGUGCACCAGCAAUCAUAUUCAUUGAUGAACUUGAUGCAGUUGGAGGAAAGCGUGGUAGAAGUUUCAAUGACGAACGUGACCAAACACUGAAUCAGUUGCUGACUGAAAUGGAUGGAUUUGAGUCAGACAUGAAAGUGGUUGUCAUUGCAGCAACUAAUAGGCCAGAGGCAUUGGAUCCAGCCCUUUGUCGCCCUGGUCGCUUCUCCAGAAAAGUUCUUGUAGGAGAACCUGAUGAGGAAGGAAGAAGAAAGAUCUUGUCUGUGCAUUUGAGGGGUAUUCCUCUGGAAGAAGAUACACGUCUUAUUGGUGAUCUUGUUGCUUCUGUCACCCCAGGCUUUGUAGGUGCUGAUCUAGCAAACAUCGUGAAUGAAUCUGCUUUACUUGCUGCUCGUCGAGGCAGUGAAACUGUGACAAGGGAAGACAUAAUGGAAGCUAUAGAAAGGGCAAAGUUUGGGAUCAAUGAUAGACAGCUAAAGCCUACUACAAUAAGCGAAGAGCUUGGGAAAAUUUUCCCAUGGAUACCAUCUCUCAUGGGAAGAAAUGACACAAAACAGGAUAGUUUGCCAGGGCCUUUAGGCUAUCAAACUCUAAGCUGAUGAAAAUAUAAAGUUGCACUUCUUGUCCGCAUUCGUAGAGAUUCCAUCCUCUCGAAAAUCAAUCGUCUGACACUCCCAGCUGGUUGGGAUUCCACUUUGAUUCCCACUCUGCAGCCACGGGUCAAUAAUGGCGGCCACCAACUCAUUUCACAGGUUUAACUUUUCCUUGGAUUCUCUUUGAAUAAUGUGUCGUAUAUACUUUUCAAAUGGCCUUGGAAUCUUAUUGAUCUUGAAUCUUGUGGUAUAUUCUUAUUUAGCUUUCCACCGAGCUUCAUUGGACACACACUACAUUAAUAAUUAAUUAAUAGGGGAUCUCAAAUCCAAUAUGUAAAGACAUUGAUAAAAGAGAUCAACAUAAUUUUAUAAAACUAGUAUUUGUAUUAAUAUAGUA